UCGAGUGAGGAGCUGCGCUGGGAGUUGGGAGUGGGGAUGAGAAGAGACUGAUAUUUUACACAUUUGGGCUCUUUUUCUGUUGGCCUCCUUCCCUGGAUUGCGUUAAAAACCUCUUGAAAAAUACGGAAAAAAAUUAGGACACCGAUCUGAGAUUAUAGCAAUGCCCUCCAAAACGACAAAAAGCUCAACUGCUGCCCAGCCGAAAGGCAAAGGGGCGCAGCCCCAGGAUGAGUCCGCGGACGAGAUGGAAGUACCCCCUGGAGAACCCAACUCAGAUGGCAGUGUAGCACCACAGAAGAAGGAUGCAGGUCCCGGAGCGACAGCAGACGCGGUUGAUAAUCGAAGUUUAGAGGAGAUUUUGAGUAGCAUCCCUCCUCCCCCACCCCCAGCAAUGACCAAUGAACCGGGGGCUCCUCGUCUGAUGAUAACUCACAUUGUUAAUCGCAACUUUAAAUCAUACGCUGGUGAACAGAUCCUGGGGCCUUUUCAUAAGCGCUUUUCCUGCAUUAUUGGUCCAAACGGCAGUGGAAAAUCCAAUGUGAUAGAUUCAAUGCUUUUCGUAUUUGGAUACAGGGCCCAAAAGAUCAGAUCCAAAAAACUUUCAGUGCUCAUUCACAAUUCAGAUAAACAUAAAGAUAUACAAUGUUGCACUGUGGAAGUUCACUUCCAAAAGAUAAUUGACAAGGAAGGAGAUGAUUAUGAAGUCAUCCCUGACAGCAAGUUCUGUGUUUCAAGAACUGCCUGCAAAGAUAAUUCUUCAGUAUACCACAUCAAUGGAAAAAAAGCGACCUUCAAAGAUGUUGGAAUUUUACUUCGUAGCCAUGGAAUAGAUUUGGACCACAACAGAUUUUUGAUUUUACAGGGUGAAGUUGAACAGAUUGCCAUGAUGAAACCUAAAGGCCAAACUGAACAGGAUGAAGGCAUGUUGGAAUAUCUUGAGGAUAUCAUUGGAUCCUGGAGACUUAAAGAGCCCAUUCAGAUUCUUUGCCGCAGAGUUGAAUUGUUAAAUGAGCAGAGGGGAGAAAAGCUUAAUAGGGUGAAGAUGGUUGAAAAAGAGAAAAAUGCUUUGGAAGGAGAGAAGAACUGUGCUAUUGAGUUCCUCAAACUAGAGAAUGAAAUUUUUAAAAAAAAGAAUCAUGUUUGUCAGUAUUACAUCCAUGAGCUGCAGAAGAAAGUUGCUGAUAAAGAAACUAAAAAGCAAAAGAUCCUUGAGGAGACCAAAGAACUAAAUGAAAGAAAUACCAAACUUGCUGAGGAGAUGAAGGUUAAGAACAAGGACUUGAAAGAAGUUGAAAAAAAACUUGCAAAAAUCACAAAGUAUAUCGAAGAAAGAAAGGAGAAAUUUACCCAGUUGGACUUACAAGAUGUUGAAGUGAGAGAAAAGUUGAAGCAUUCGAAAAGCAAAGUGAAGAAACUCCAGAAGCAACUGCAAAAGGACAAAGAAAAGGUUGAAGAAUUCAAGAAUGUACCUGCUAAUAGUGAAAAAACUAUUUUAGAAGCAACUGCAAGAAAAGAGGAGCAUGAGAAACAAAAAGUAGUUGAGGAAGAAAAGCUAAAGAAAGUAAUGGAAAGCCUAAAACAAGAAACUCAAGGACUACAGCAAGAGAAAGAGGAAAAGGAGAAAGAGCUGAUGGAGUUGAGUAAAGCUGUGAAUGAAACUCGUUCCAAGAUGGAUGUUGCCCAGUCUGAAAUUGAUAUUUACCUCAGUCGUCAUAAUACAGCCUUGACCCAGCUCAACAAGGCUAAGGAGGCCUUACAAACAGCCACAGAAACCCUUAAGGAAAGAAAAUCAGCUAUUAAAGAGCUUGAAAUUAAAAUACCAAAGUGUGAGGAAGAACUGAAAAGGGAUGAAGGUGAUCUUGAUAAAAUCCUAAAAACUGAAGGAGAGACAAUGAAGGUAGUUAAAGAACUACGUCAGAAAGUUGAAGAGGCUAAAAGUUGCCUGUCAUCAAACCGCAGUCGAGGCAAGGUCUUGGAUGCACUCAUGCAACAAAAAAAGAGUGGAAAAAUUCCGGGAAUCUUGGGGAGAUUGGGUGACCUUGGAGCUAUAGAUGAAAAGUAUGACGUUGCUAUUUCUUCAAGUUGUGGGUCCUUGGACAAUAUACUUGUUGACACCAUUGAUACAGCUCAAGAAUGCGUUAAUUUUCUUAAGAUGCAAAAUAUUGGUGUUGCUACCUUCAUUGGGUUAGAUAAGAUGAAGGUUUGGGAGAGAAGUAUGGGAAAGAUUCAGACUCCUGAGAACAUUCCAAGGCUUUUUGAUAUGGUGAAGGUUAAGGAUGAGGCAGUACGUCCAGCUUUUUAUUUUGCCUUGCGCGAUACCCUCGUGGCUGACAACUUAGAGCAAGCUACCAGACUGGCCUUCCAGAAGGAUAAACGUUGGAGAGUGGUCACGUUGCAAGGCCAAAUUAUUGAACAGUCUGGUACAAUGACUGGUGGUGGAGGAAGAGUAAUGAAAGGAAGAAUGGGAUCAUCUUUGGGGGCUGAUAUUUCUCAGGAGGAGAUGGAAAAAAUGGAACGCAAGUUGAAAGAUAAAGUUCAAUUAGCACAAAGCAGCCAAGAAAAAAAGGUGGAGCUUGAAGAGCGCGUUCACAGAUUGAGAAACCACCUUCGGGAAAUGAAAAACACUUUGGAGAAGUACACAGCGAGCAUCAAGAGUUUGUCAGAGCAAGAAGUUCACCUCAAGUUACAGAUGAAGGAGCUUGAAGCAAAUGUUGCAGCAGCUGCUCCUGAUAAAAAUAAACAGAAACAGUUGGAGAAGAACCUGGAGGCUUUCAAAAGAGAUUAUGAAACUGCUGCAGCCAAAGCUGGUAAAGUGGAAGCUGAAGUUAAAAGACUGCACAACCUGAUUGUUGAUAGUAUUAGCCACAAACUUAAAGCACAGCAAGAUAAGCUGGACAAAAUUAACAAAGAAAUAGAUGAGUGUUCCUCUGCAAUAACUAAGGCUCAAGUUUCAAUCAAGACUGCUGGAAGGAACCUUAAGAAAUCUGAAGAUGCACUUGCACGAACAGAGCAGGAAAUAGUUGAAAAUGAUAAAGCAGUGGAACAACUUACAGAACAGCUGAAGAAAUUGGAAGAGGAGGCUACUGUUGUCAUGAAGGAGUCGAAAGAAGCUGAGGAGGCACUGUCUGAAGUGCAAGAGCAACACAAGAAUGUGCUUCAGGAGAUUAAAGCUGUUCAGGAAGAAGAACAUGCACUCCAGAAGGAGUCCCUGAACAUAAAGCUCAACAUUGAGCAAAUCGACAGUCAUAUCGCAGAACACCAGUCAAAGAUUAAACACUGGCAGAAAGAGAUAUCUAAAAUUACCCUACAUGACAUUGAUGGUCAGCCUGCUGAAGAGCUUCACACACUGACACAGGAGGAGCUGGAAUCUACCCCAAACCCCGAUGUCAUCCAUAAUCAGAUUGCACUUAUCGAAGCAAAAUGCAUGGAAAUGAAGCCAAACCUUGGCGCUAUUGCGGAGUACAAAAAAAAGGAAGAGCUAUAUCUUCAACGUGUUGCGGAACUGGAUGAAAUAACCAACCAACGGGAUAACUUCAGAAGAGGCUAUGAAGAUCUUAGAAAGCAGAGGCUGAAUGAAUUCAUGGCUGGAUUCAAUAUCAUUACAAAUAAACUGAAAGAAAAUUACCAAAUGCUGACACUGGGUGGAGAUGCUGAGCUGGAAUUGGUGGACAGCCUGGAUCCUUUCUCGGAGGGAAUUAUGUUUAGUGUUAGACCUCCUAAGAAAAGCUGGAAGAAAAUCUUCAAUCUUUCUGGUGGGGAGAAAACACUGAGCUCUUUAGCCUUAGUGUUUGCACUGCAUCAUUUUAAACCAACGCCUCUGUACUUCAUGGAUGAGAUUGACGCAGCUCUGGAUUUUAAGAAUGUUUCGAUUGUUGCUUUUUACAUUUAUGAACAAACAAAAAAUGCCCAGUUCAUCAUCAUUUCUUUACGAAAUAACAUGUUCGAGAUUGCAGACAGACUCAUUGGAAUUUACAAAACACACAACACCACCAAAAGCGUUGGGAUCAAUCCGAAGGUUAUUGCUUCGAAGGAACUUGCGGAAGUGGAAGUGCCAUCUGCAUGAUCGACACAUUCAAUUUGUUUUAAUCACAAUGCGUAUUGAGAAGUUCUUUGAAUACUGAAAAGUAAUUUUGAAUUUUUUUUAUAAAUCUUGAUUCUUUUAAGAAUACUAUGCCUUUGAAUUUCUUAAUUCUGUGCUGGCUACAUAUUUUAGUAAAAAGCUGCUACUUUUUCUGUGUACAGAGACUUAACAAUUUAAGAUGUAAGCAUAUUUUUCUAAGCUAAUAAACUGAAUAAGUAUG